AUGGCUUCCCACAAGGUAUUGAUGCUCGGCGCUGGCUUCGUCACGAGACCGACUCUCGAUAUUCUUUCCGAGUCGGGCAUCCCCGUGACCGUCGCUCAAUUGACUUCUGUUUCCUCUUUUUCAGCCUGCAGAACCCUCGAAUCUGCCAAGUCCCUCUCGGCCGGCGUCAAGAAUGCCACUCCCAUCUCCCUUGAUGUCACCAACGAUCAGGCUCUGGACGCCGAGGUCGCGAAGCACGAUCUGGUCAUCAGCUUGAUCCCCUAUACCUUCCACGCCACCGUUAUCAAGUCCGCCAUCCGUCAAAAGAAGCACGUUGUCACCACCAGCUACGUCUCUCCGGCUAUGAUGGAGCUCGACCAGCAGUGCAAGGAUGCCGGCAUCACGGUUAUGAACGAGAUCGGUCUGGAUGCUGUCAAGACCAUCGAGGAGGUUCACAAGGAGGGAGGCAAAAUUACCUCGUUCUUGUCCUACUGUGGAGGUCUCCCGGCCCCUGAGAGCUCUGGAAACCCUCUAGGUUACAAAUUCUCUUGGUCUCCCCGCGGCGUUCUCCUGGCGCUGAGAAACGCGGCCAGCUUCUACAAGGACGGCAAGGUCGUCAACGUGUCUGGUCCUGACCUCAUGGCUACUGCCAAGCCCUACCACAUCUAUCCCGGUUUCGCCACCGUUGCGUACCCCAACAGAGAUUCGACCGGCUACAAGGAGCGCUACAACAUUCCUGAAGCCCAGACGGUCAUCAGAGGUACUCUGAGAUAUGCAGGCUUCCCCGAGUUCGUCAAGGUUCUGGUCGACAUGGGCUUCCUGAAGGACGAGGAGCAGAGCUUCCUCAAGGAGCCCAUUUCCUGGAAGGAGGCUACGCAAAAGAUCCUUGGUGCCUCCUCGUCGGACGAGAAGGCCCUGAUCGACGCUAUCUCCGCCAAGGCCACUUUUGCGAACAACGAGCAGAGAGAGCACCUCUUGGCUGGUCUGAGAUGGGUUGGACUCUUCUCGUCGGAGAAGAUCACUCCCCGCGGAAACCCUCUGGACACCAUCUGUGCCACUCUUGAGAAGAAGAUGCAGUUUGCCGAGGGCGAACGUGACCUUGUUAUUCUGCAGCACAAGUUCGAGGUUGAGCUGAAGGACGGCACCAAGCAGACGAGAACCUCGACUCUCGUUGAGUACGGUAGCACGGACCCCAACGGCUACUCGGCCAUGGCUAAGCUUGUCGGCGUGCCCUGUGCGGUUGCUGUCAAGCAGGUUCUGAACGGAACCAUUGCCGAAAAGGGUGUUCUUGCUCCCAUGAACAGCAAGAUCAACGAUCCCCUGAUCAAGGAGCUCAAGGAGAAGUACGGCAUUGCCUGCAAGGAGGAGAUUGUCGCCUAA